CCGACUUCCGCCGUGUUCCUAUUGGUCGGUGGGAUGACGCGGGAUGUUGUAAAGCUAUACCGCUGUGUAAGAUAAGGAGGCGACAGGCUGUGUGUGUCUCUGGCGGAAACAUGGCCAGCGUACAUGAGAGCCUUUACUUCAACCCCAUGAUGACCAAUGGAGUGGUGCACGCCAAUGUGUUCGGUAUUAAGGACUGGGUGACGCCGUACAAGAUCGCAGUGCUGGUCCUGCUGAGUGAGAUGACCAAGAACAUGGGGAUCAGUGCGCUGGAGAAGAGGAGGCUCAAUAAGCACAUCCUGCCCCUUCUCCAGGGUCCUGAUAUGUCGCUGUCUAAACUGCUGAAAAUUAUUGAAGACUGCUGUCCAAAUAUGGCAAGUUCAGUGCAAAUCAGGAUAAAGCUGAUGGCUGAAGGAGAGUUAAAAGACAUGGAACAGUUCUUUGAUGUACUCUCUGAUUCAUUCUCAGGAACAGAGCCUGAUGUGCACAAAACAAGUGUUGUUGGGCUGUUUCUUCGUCACAUGAUCUUGGCCUACAACAAACUUUCCUUCAGUCAGGUAUACAAGCUUCAUACCUCAUUGCAUCGUUACUACCACAGUGAUAAGGCCAAGACUUUACCAAAGCCAGAAAAUGAGGAGGCGGAAAUGGAUCUCUGUAACAGUGAUGAAGAGGGUGAAGAAGUAGAUGAAGGUGGAAAGAUGUCAAAAGAAGACCUUGAUUUUGCUAUUGGAGAAGAAGAUCUGGCGUGCAGCGGGCCUUUGUCUCAAAAACAGGCAGAAUAUUUCCUUUCUCAGCAGGCCUCAUUUCUGAAGAAUGAUGAAAGUAAGGCUCUCUCACCAGUCUUGCUACAGAAAGAGCUAAAUAACUUGUUGAAGUUCAAUCCAGACUUUGCAGAAGCUCAUUAUUUAAGCUAUUUAAAUAGCUUGCGCGUCCAGGAUGUAUUCAGUUCAACACACAGCUUGCUGCAUUACUUUGACCGCUUGAUUCUCACUGGUGCAGAGAGUAAAAGUAAUGGGGAUGAAGGUUAUGGGAGGAGCCUGCGGUAUGCAGCACUCAACCUGGCUUCCCUUCAUUGUCGCUUCGGGCACUAUCAUCAAGCAGAGCUUGCUCUCCAGGAAGCUAUAAGGAUAGCACAAGAAUCAAGUGACCAUGUCUGCCUGCAGCACUGCCUGAUUUGGCUGUAUAUCCUGAAGAUCAGAAAGGGGGAAGACAGCAGUGUCUUAUUGGAGCACUCUAUAAAGAAAGCGGUUCACUUUGCACUGCCGUAUUUGGCCUCUCUUGGCAUUCAGUCUUUAGUUCAGCAAAGAGCUAUAGCUGGCAAGACUGCAGAUAAAUUGAUGGAUGCUUUGAAAGAUGCUGACCUCCUUCACUGGAAGCACAGUUUAUCAGAUCUGAUUGACAUUAGCCUUGCUCAGAAGACUGCGAUAUGGAGACUGUAUGGCCAGAGCACCAUGGCAUUGCAGCAGGCACAGAUGCUCCUUACUAUGAACAGCCUGGAUGCUGUUAAUGUGACUGUCCAGCAGAACAAUACUGAGCCCUUUGCUGUAGUUUUGUGUCAUCUUGCAGAACUCCAUGCUGAGCAGGGCUGUUUUUCUGCUGCUUCUGAAAUCUUGAAACAUUUAAAGGAGAGAUUUCCCCCUGGCUGCCAGCAUGCAAAGCUUUGGAUGUUGUUUGAUCAGAAAAUCCAGUUUAAUCGAGCUAUGAAUGAUGGGAAGUAUCACCUGACCGAAUCGCUUGUGACAGGAAUUACUGCUCUUGACAGUGUGGAAGGAUUAUACAGAAAAGCAGUUGUUCUCAAAGCUCAAAACCAAACAGCAGAAGCUCAUAAAAUUCUGCAGGUGCUUUUAACUUACUGCCAGAAAGUAAAGAACAUAGAGAUGGUUAUAAGGGUCCUUCUGUCCCUAGCAGAGCUGUACUGGAGAUCUUUCUGUCACCCAGUGGCACUGCCUUUGCUGCUACAAGCUCUCGCUCUCUCCAGGGAGUACCGCCUCCAGUAUCUAUCAUCCGAGACGGUGCUGAAUUUGGCUUUCUCACAACUAAUGCUUGGAAUCCCAGAGCAAGCCCUGAACAUUCUGCACAUGGCAAUAGAGCCUAUUCUGGCUCACGGAGCAGUACUAGAUAAGGGACGGGCUAUGUUCCUUGUUGCAAAGUGUCAAGUGGCAUCAGCCGCAUCAUACAGUCCUCAGAAGAAAACAGAAGCCCUGGAAUCUGCAAUUUUAAAUUUGAAUGAAGCUAAAACUUACUUUGGAAUGGUUGACUGCAAGGAACAGAUUCGGGACAUUCUAUACUUGCAAGCCAGACUGUACAACGGCUUAGGAAGAAUCCAAGAGAGGAAUAAAUGCUCCAUGCUUUUCCGACAGAUACAUCAGGAACUUCCAUCUCAUGGAGUUUCAUUGCUACUUCGCCUGUAGAAGGUUUCCUUGCUAGCUCGAAGAUGUUCAGAGCUUUGCCAUGCACCCGAUGUCACAUUGCUUGUAUGUCAUAGGUGUCCAAGAGUAUAUCGAAGAGUCCCUCACAGAAAGUAAAACAGACUGGUAAGCCUACCAUUUGGUAAAAUGAUCCUCAACGCAUUCGAGGUUAAAAAUGGUUGGCUUUCUUUUUUUUUUUCAUGGUCCCAGUUAUUUUUAAUGUUCUAUUUUAUAUUAUGUACUCUUCUAGCCAGCCAGCAGAUAGCGCUCUAGUCUCCUUUUCACUCACUGUCAUCGUAUCCUUUUCAGCUAUGCUGAUAGAAGCCCCCCCCUCGUUUACAGACCUCAGUAAUAAACCAGAGUACUGAGUUAUCCCCUAUAAGCUGAGCCUGAGGUUUUGGGUAAAAUAAGCCUCAAAGUAUACACUGCUCUGCUGUCUCUUCAGCUAAACAAUAGUGCUUGAGAAGCUUUGUAUUAUCUUUCCUUUCACACACUGGAAAUUAUAAGUUAUGUCUCCUAAACACACACAUAUUACACACUGAUUUUUAACCCUUUCUGCAGCACUUCACUGAUCAAAAAAAAAAAGGGAAACCAAGAGAAGCAGAGGCGCUGACUCAACUCUGUAGUAAUGUUUGGAGACUACUUGUACAUGAUUUAUUUUCUGUUUCCAUUAUGUUGUUCACCUCCAAUACAGUCCUAAGUUCAGACCUUUUUGACCAACUGAUAUGCAUUUUUACCACCCAUCUAAAUGCUGCAAUGGCAAUGCUUUGCUUUGUGGUGCCACAAAAAAUAUACAGCAUGUUGUGUUUGGCAGGCUUUUCUGCUACCCAUCUAUUUUAAUAGAAAAUACCACUUUGGCUGGAAGAAAAAGCACAUUCAAGGCAGUAUCCUCUUCUAAAUGCCCAGCAGCCUCUGCUCUACUGUCCUCUGAAAAGUGAGCCAUGUGUGAAAAUGUACUUCUGACUGCUUUUAGGUACCACCCUUAAUUCCACCCUGGUCACAAAUGGUUUGUAGCAUAGUGUAUUGUAAAUAUCAGUGUGUAUCUGUAUGCAUAUUCUGUUGAACACUGUUUUGUAAUUAAAUUAUUUUUGCAUUA